GGGGAGUCGGCGCAGGCGCAGUGAACGCGGAUGGCUGUGUGGAGCGUGGGCUGGAGGAGCGGGCGCGUGCUCCGGGGAAGGUUCUAAUGCGGAGCGCGGCGGCGGCGGCGGCGGCAGUAGGAGCAGCAGCAGCAGCAGCAGCAGCGUGACUGCGGCCCGGAGUCGUCCUCCCACCGCGCUGCAACUUAACGCUGGCCUGCCUUGCUUAGCCACGGGUGCGGCCUCCAUGCAGUGUGCUCGUUCCGCCGGCAGCAGCAGCAGCACCCACGGCAGGGACCGGAGCUUCUCUUCACCCGUGACUUCGGGGAGGAGGUGAAGAGAGCACUUUGUGCUUUGCAUAGAUCAGAGCAGGUCCGAGCAGUGCAGCAAUCCAAGAAGACAGGCUGGAAGGGGCAGGGAGGUUCAGUUUUUAUAUUUUUGUUUGUAAAGUCAUCUUAUUUCAAUGCAGUUGUGCAAACAAUGUAUUCGUUCUGAAGACGUAACUUUAUUGAUGUACUAUAGACAUAUAAACAUAGAAAACAGGUGCAGGAGUAGGCCAUUCGGCCCCUCGAGCCUGCACCGCCAUUCAAUAUGAUCAUGGCUGAUCAUCCAACUCAGUAUCCUGUACCUGCCUUCUCUCCAUACCCCCUGAUUCCUUUAGCCAAAAGGGCCACAUCUAACUCCCUCUUAAAUAUAGCCGAUGAACUGGCCUCAACUACAUUCUGUGGCAGAGCAUUCCAGAGAUUCACCACUCUCUGUAUGAAAAAUGUUUUUCUCAUCUUGGUCGUAAAGGAUUUCCCCUCUAUCCUUAAGCUGUGACCCCUUGUCCUGGACUUGUCAUCUAAUGUUAUCUAAUUCUUGCUCGUCCAUUCUUCUGUAGGCCAACUGUUGGGAUUGUGAGUUCAGCCCCCUUUGGUUUAAAGAGUCAAACAAUGAGGAUGGGUUGAACUUGGUCCUUCAAAAUGGUUAAAUAUAUUUAUGUGAUUGAAAUGGAGGAGGGAAAUAGUCCAUAACAAGGAGGUUUGAUUGUGAAAUUGGAAGCUGACUAUUUAGGAACUUGCAAUGGGGAUCAAUGGAAAAUAGAGCUGCUUUAUCUUAAUAACUUGAGGUUGUGAGGGGAAGGUAAUAGUGUAAAAUCUAAGAUUAUUUGACAAGGGUGUUGCGGAUGAUAAUUAACACUUUUGUUAGAGACGAGGUUCUACAGAUGAUGGAUUACAACAAUAAAAGCGUUGGGGUAACUCAGUGGGUCAGUCAGCAUCUCUUGGGGGGGAGCCAUGACUGGGUGAUGUUUUGGAUCAGGACCCUUCUUCAGAUUCAGUCUGAUGGGUUAGUUUGAAGAAGCAUCUUGACCCAAAACAGCACCUAUCCAUGUCUUUAGAGACAGUGUACAGUAGUGCAGUGGUAGAAUUGCUGCCUUACAGCGUCAGAGACCCGGGUACCACCCUGACUGGGAGUGCUGGUUGUACCUAGUUUGUAUGUUCUCCCUGUGACCAUGUGGGGUUUCUCUGGGUGCUCUGGUUUCCUCCCACAUUCCAUUGACGUGUAGGUGAAUUGGUGUCUGCAAAUUGUUCCUAGUGUGUAGGAUAGAACUAGUGUUGGGGCGAUUGUGGUCGGUGGGCUGAAGGGCCUGUUUCUACGCUUAUCUCUCUAAACUAAAAUACUUUAAAUAAAGAUACUACCUGACCCGCUGAGUUACUCUAGCACUUGGCUUCACUCAUUUAUUAUGUUUAUUUCUUCUGUCACAUCCGAUAUGCGCAGUAUGAUUUGCCAAGAUAGCAGACAAAUUCAACAUUUUUAACUCUAUUAUGUGCACAUGGGAAAAUGUUGUUACCUUUGGAUAUGAUAAUCAAAGAAAGCUUAUAAGGUGGGGUGAUGGAAUCGAGGUGCAGGUCUGUUAUGAACUAAUUGAUGGGGUUAAGGGGGUUGAAUGUCUCACUCCGGUAGCUUAGAGAUAUAGCGUGGAAACAGGCCCUUCAGCCCACAGCACCAACCAGAGAUGCCUGUACACUAACACUUUCCCACAUACAGUAGGGAAAAUUUACAAUUUUACCAGGCCAAUUAACCUACACCCUUAGCUAAGAAGCUCCACCCACAGAGGUUCUGGGGAACUGUUACAUUCGAUGGGUGCUGUUUAGAUUUUUGCUUAGUUUUGAGCUCAGUACAUUGUAACAAAUGUGUAAGAGAUGACAUUGCUGACUGGCAUUUUUCAAAUGGCUACUUCACUUUCCGGCUUUGUUUUAAAAAGGGCAGUCUACCAAUGAUUUUAUAGACAUGUCUGCAAAAGUUUGAAGUUUUAGCAAUUUUUACUGGUCUCUUUCUGUUUAGGCCCUAAUUUCUGUCAUGUCGUCCAGUGAUGCUUUGAUACCAUCAGGAAAAUCUGAAAAUGAAGAGGAAGUGAUAUUUGUGAGCGAGCAGCCAUUAAGGCCUGUUUUGGAAUGUAUUAAUCUAUCAAGUGACGAAGACAAUGAAGGGAACACUGCACGGCAUAGCAGGAGACCGAAGGAUCACAUUGAUUGGCAAAAGGCAAGAGUUUCGUCGACAUUGGAUCGUUUGGCUCGUCAAGUCGAAGUUGAGAAACAGCUGAAAGAAGAGAAAUGCAAAGCUUUUCAAGAAAUGGUACAUUCGCAGUACGCUCACGCCAUGCAGGAGUUGGAAUUCUUUCGUGGACAAGCUGCAACUGAAGAAGCAAGAAGGUGUGUUGACGGCUGGCUGAGAGUGCCAGGACCGAAGCCUGGUGUUGUCAGCUUUGGCCGACGUCCAGUGAAAUGGCGCACAAAUGCCUCAGUGACUCCUGAUCCCAUUGACUGCCCAAUAAUGAACUGUAACAGGAAAUUUGAUAAUAGACAUCUACUUUUAGGACACUUGAAAAGGUUUGACCAUUCCCCUUGUGAUCCAACUAUUACACUACAGGGGUCUCCAUCCACUUCGUAUAUUUGUAUUGCAUGCUGUCAGCGAUUUGUAAACCUGCAGAAAUAUGAAGAACAUUUGGCUCUGAAGGUUGAUUCUGGAAACCCUGAAGGCCAUCAACGUGGCCUUGAACCACAGAUCUGUCAGUGCUUUGCUUGCCCAAGCUGCUAUUUACUGUUUAACCUGCGGGACGAAUGCUUGCGGCAUAUGACCAAAGCAAAACACAUUCUUCAGCGGUACAGACUGAGUGGCGAGCAGGGAACUCCUAGUCCUCUUCCUUUUCCAAGCUAUGCAAAGAAGUUGUUGAUCUCUCUAUGUAAGGAAGUUCCGUUCCAGGUUAAAUGCACAACUUGUCAACAGAUGCUGCGUACCCACAUAGAAUUGACAGCACAUUUCAGGACGCGGUGCAGAAGGGCUGGCCCCGUUGCUGUGUCUGCGAAGGAUAUCGGCCAGGUAGCCGGCAUAUUCCGCGUGAGGGGGCGCUGCCUGGAAUGCAACCGGCUGUUUGUGGAUGACGGUCAGAUCAGCCGGCACACCCAGCAGGACGGGCACAGCGUCUACUGCAUCGACACCAUGGACAAGGCCAUCGUGGAGUUCUGCCGCUUCAACGAGAAGAGCAAGAUCCCCUCCGACCUCCGCAUGACCCUGGAGAAGUCCAAAGGGAGGAAGAAAUCUCCUUUCAAAAGAGCCUUGGAUGAUUCGGGCCCCGGCACCGGGGAGCUCUCUGCUCCCAGCCCCUCCAAGAGGAGCCGGCGAGACUGCAACCGAGUGCGUGUGAAGCAGGAGAACGUGGAGGGCGGUGGCGGCGGCGGCAGCGGCAAUGACAGCCUGUGGUUUUGCGAGUGCCGUCAGUGGUUCGACAGCGAGCAAGCGGUGGAGAAGCACAUCAUGUCGGCCAACGGGAUCCACCACAAGUGCCUGGUGUGCGGCAAGCUGGUCUUGGACGCCGGCAUCAUCGGCCUGCACAUGAGCCGCAGCCACGGCGGCGCUCACCUCACCCACUACGUCUUCUGGUGUGAGCUGUGCCGGGCAGAGUUGCUGCAGAGGGACGACCUGAUGGCCCACAUCACCGAGCUCCACGAUGGACACACAUACUACUACGAGGAGGAGGUGGAGGCGGCCCAGCUGCCCGCACCCCACCAGCCCUCCACGUCCAAGACGGACUGGAGCCCGGCUGGCGAGAACGACACGGGCGGCGAGGUGGCGGAUCCGGAUCCGGGCCCCGAUGCCCCGCAGCCGGAGGAUGCCGGGGCUGGGAGUGGCGGCUCCUGGCAGUGCAGGCUGUGUGAGGAGAUGUUCGAGUCGGAGGAGAGCGUGGCGCAGCACUGCGGCUGCCUAGCCAGCCACCAGUUCCACAAGUACAGCUGCGGCCUCUGCAAGAAGCGCUUCCACCGGGUGGAGACGUUGUACCGACACAGCCGCGACCAGCACGACUGCCAGAUCAGCGUCAAGUACUUCUGCGGACUCUGCGACGACAUGGACUUCACCUCCGAAGGAGAGUUUCUGGACCACUACAAACACUUCCACAGCACGGAUUACGUUUUUGUGGAGCACGGGGACGACGCUGCAACCGACAAGGUGGCGGAGAUGGAGGCAGCGGACGGGCUCUCCCGCUACUCCUGCGGGUGUCGGCUGCACUUCAGCUCCAGGGGCCAGAGGGUGGAGGAUCAACGCAGGUGCAGGGGAAACCUGCUGAGCCAGGGGAAGCUGUGGUUCCGCUGCCCGUCCUGUCAGGUGACGUCCCAGGUGCAGGAGGACAUCCGGGCGCACCUGAUCGAGGUCCACGGGGGCACAGGGGCCGGGGCGGUCGUCAGAUGCAUCUGCGGCAAGUCCUUUAACCACAGUGAAUCUGCCCAGAUGCACUACCACAGCAAGCACAGCACCUUGCAGCAGCCGCAGCCGCCUAGCUCCUCCUUGGCCAGUGACGAGGCCGGCAUCCCCCCAGCAGGAGCAGAGUGUCACGAUGGCAAGCAGACACCGCAAGACGAUGACGCCGUGGCCUCGACCAGUCAAAGCACGUCCACAGCGAGCAAAGCUGAAGUUGAGAAGGAAGACACAAUCCAGGAAGAAGAUAUUGAGUUGCCUGACUUGGACCUGCUUCGCACAAUGACACACCUUGUCUUCAUUGAUUUGGAUAAUUGGGCAGGCUUCUUCAACCAUUUACCUGGACAGCUUAACCAGGGCACAUUUUUCUGGGGCUUUCAAGGUGGAAAGACAAACUGGAAAGCACCGGAAAACUGUCCCGUCUACAACUAUCUUGUCAAUACCGGAUGUUUUUUCCUUCAUCCACGAUGUAGUGCGAGGAAGGAUGCUGCUGAUUUUGCCAUCUGCAUGCAUGCCGGGCGAAUGGACGAACAGUUGCCAAAGCACAUCCCUUUCACCGUGCUCUCUGGAGACAAGGGCUUCGAGGAAUUGAAGAACCAGUUGAAGAAGACUAUGCGGCCAGGCCAUGUUUUGAAUCCUCACCAGAUGGAAGGGGAGCUGAUGUGUGCUUUAUUGAAUAGUAUAUCUGAUAUUGGAAAAGACAGUGAUGAUGAUGAUGCAGAUCUUCAGAAAACACUGGCGCUGAGCCUGCAACAGACCACGAUGAAGCAGGAUGUUAUUGAUGAAGUCAGUGAUGAAGAUGAAGCUCUUCAGAAACCACUAGCACCGAGCCUGCAAGAGACCAAUAUGAAGCAGGAUGUUACUGAAGAAGUCAGUGAUGAAGAUGAAGCUCUUCAGAAAACACUGGCACUGAGCCUGCAAGAGACCAAGAUGAAGCAGGAUGACACUGAAGAAGUCAGUGAUGAAGAUGAAGCUCUUCAGAAAACACUGGCACUGAGCCUGCAAGAGACCAAGAUGAAGCAGGAUGACACUGAUGAAGUCAGUGAUGAAGAUGAAGAUCUUCAGAGAACACUGGCACUGAGCCUGCAAGAGACCAAGAUGGAGCAGGAUGUUACUGAAGAAGGCAGUGAUGAAGAUGAAGCUCUUCAGAAAACACUGGCACUGAGCCUGCAAGAGACCAAGACGAAGCAGGAUGAUACUGAAGAAGAUGCCAAAAUGGAAGAAGCCAUUUUGCAAACCAUGGAAGCAAGAUAACGUUGGCCUAAUGGAAAGUGAAGCAAAACUCUCGGCAGAUCAGAUGGCCAAACGCUUGGACAAGAUGGCCAUCCCCGACACCAGAAGACGUUAAAGAGUGCACCUUCCUUCCAAGUUAGACCAACUGUGCUGGAAAGAAUUAAGGAUCUUUUUGGCUUGUCAAGCAAGAGUUUUUUUGUUGCAGAUUAAAGUAACAAUUAAGAAAAAAUAGGAAACCUAGAAAAUUGUAUACCAUAAUGUGCGUGUUAAACAUGCAUUAGAUUAAAGUGCGUGGUUACCAUGUGGUCUUGAUGAUGGGAAGCUGAGGAACACGGCUGGUUGGAGCAGUCCCUUAUACCAUUCAUUUGCAGCAGGAUGUCGACUCUGCAAACUCUUAGUCACAGAUGAGAGAUUCUUUUUCACAGUUUUUUUUUCCUCAUUGAAAGGAACGAUCUUAAAGAUAUUUGAGUGAUCCAUUCUGUUGAAAACUGCUGUGGUAACAUUUCAAUUCUGCAAUGUUGCCCUUUGCCAGUCUGUCUUCAUUUCCAAACAUACUCCCGUGAGAGUUAAGACUAGGCUUUUCUUAUAAAAGUGUGUUUAUAUAUAUAUUUUUUUCUUAUGUUGUACAUAAUUGAAAUUCUUUAAUCAGUGUGUUAUCUGGUUGAUAGCUUGAAAAAUAAAAUUUGUUUUUGUUCUCCA